AUGGCCGGGCAGCGGGUGGAGGUGGAUGGCGGGAUCAUGGAAGGGGGCGGCCAGAUCCUGAGGGUGUCUACAGCCCUGAGCUGUCUUUUGGGCCUCCCCUUGCGUGUGCAGAAAAUUCGAGCCGGCCGCAGUACGCCAGGCCUCAGGCCUCAACAUUUAUCUGGACUGGAAAUGAUUCGAGAUUUGUGUGAUGGGCAACUGGAGGGGGCAGAAAUCGGCUCAACAGAAAUAAUGUUUACACCGGAGAAGAUUAAAGGUGGAGUCCACACAGCAGAUACCAAGACAGCAGGGAGUGUGUGCCUCUUGAUGCAGGUCUCAAUGCCCUGUGUUCUCUUUGCUGCUUCUCCAUCAGAACUUCGUUUAAAAGGUGGAACUAAUGCUGAAAUGGCACCACAGAUUGAUUACACAGCCAUGGUUUUCAAACCAAUUGUGGAAAAAUUUGGUUUCCAAUUUAAUUGUGAUAUUAAAAUGAGGGGCUACUACCCAAAAGGGGGUGGUGAAGUGAUUGUACGAAUGUCACCUGUUAAACAGUUGAACCCAAUAAAUUUAACGGACCGUGGCUCUGUGACUAAGAUAUAUGGAAGAGCUUUUGUUGCUGGUGUUUUGCCAUUUAAAGUGGCAAAAGAUAUGGCGGCGGCAGCUGUAAGAUGCAUCAGAAAGGAGAUUAGGGAUCUGUAUGUUAACAUCCAGCCUGUUCAGGAACCUAAAGACCAAGCCUUUGGCAAUGGAAAUGGGAUAAUCAUUAUUGCUGAGACAUCUACUGGCUGUUUGUUUGCUGGAUCAUCGCUUGGUAAACGAGGUACAGAUAAACUGAUCAUUUUUAUGGCAUUAGCCUGUGGAGUUUCCAGAAUAAAAACAGGACCAGUUACACUCCAUACACAAACGGCUAUACAUUUUGCUGAACAACUAGCAAAGGCUAAAUUCUCUGUGAAGAAAUCAGAAGAUGAAGACGAUGCCUCUAAAGACACUUAUAUUAUUGAGUGCCAAGGAAUUGGGAUGACAAAUCCAUAUCUAUAGGGUAUUUGCCUUUUAAAUAAUACCUCAAUGAUAUAUUGCACU